AUGGAGAAGAGCCGGGUGCUGGUGGUGGGCGGCACUGCGUACAUCGGGCAGCGGCUCGUGCGGGCGAGCCUGGCGCAAGGGCACCCGAUGCUGGUGUUGCUGCGGGCGGAGAUCGGCCUGGACAUCGACAAGCUCCAGAUGUUGCUCUCCUUCAAGGCCCAAGGCGCGUGGCUGGUGGAGGCGUCACUGGAGGACCACGCGGGCCUCCUCGCCGCCGUGGCGCAGGGCGACGUGGUGGUCUCGGCCAUGUCCGGGGCGCACAUCCGCAGCCACAACUCACCAAAAGGCGACAUGGGAAGGAUACAUUCAAAUACAUUCUGA